AUGCGGGAUACAUCCGAUGUCAUGAACAUAUGGCGUCGAGAUGACGAGAAUCUGGAAGAUUUUAUAACCAGAUAUAAUAAAGAAGUGUUGGAGAUCGGUGGUGUUCACGAACAGCUAAUCCGUGCUCAGUUUAAGUACGCGGUUAGAUGUGACGACAUAGUCAAAGUAUUAUCCGGGACAGAAGGCCUUCCCAAGAGUUGGGAAAAGAUAAUGGCGGCGGCCAAAGUUUAUGCGCAGACGGAGAAAAACCUUACUACAAAUAGGCCACCACCACCGCACAGCAGGCCCACAGAUUUAAGUGCAACGGGCGAGCGAAGGUUCAAAAAAUCAUGGCGCGAGUCAUCCGGAAGCCGCUCCUCUGAAGAUGCUCGCACAACAAUUAACAAACUCUCUGCUCAAAGAGAAAACAAGCAUGAAAAUAGGGAGAGGCAGUGGACCCCCCUAACAAAGACCCCGGCGGAGGUGCUGAGUACCGAGGACUAUCAGUUCAAACCGCCAAUUCCGAUGAUGAGUAAACGUGGCCAAGACCUGGCGCAAUAUUGUGAAUAUCAUAAGGACACUGGGCACACCACAAACAACUGCAUUUCCUUGCGCACCGAAAUAGAGAAAGCCCUCAAAAAUGGGGAGUUCGCGCAUCUACUCCAGAAUAUGCGCAAGGAGAUAAAGCAGAUUACCCGGGGAGAAGAAACCUCCAGCAAGCGGGCAAAGACUUAA